AUGCGAAGAGAGCAACGAGAAGCUUCCUCACGACCACACAGCAGCAAUCAAGAUGAUCGGAGCAAGAGAAUACAACAAUUGCCUUUAGAAUUACCAUUGUUGGUUCCUCGGGAUAAGAAUUUUACGUGUUUUCAUGGAUUUAUUACUUUGGAUCAACACAAGGAUCAUGAUGAAGAAAAAUUGGAAUUGCCUUGCCAAGUACAUUUUAAAUUUCAUCAAAAUUAUACCAACACUAAUAUCACCAAUGACAAUCAUGGAAAGGAAUCUAAAAAAAUACAAUCGGUACAGAUCUUAGCUUGCCCAGAGUUACAGGAAUUGUUGGCCAAAAAGCCCACACGUUCCAUGUCAUCUUCCAAUCCAUCCUCAUCGUAUGAACACAUAUUGGUGGAUCGACUUUUAAAAUGUCAUAAUAAUCAUAUGGAUGCACCUCUCUCGCAGCAAUGUACGAAUAUAUUAUGUGAAAUGAAAAAUUCUCUCUCACAAAUCCAUUCUCUGAACUCAAAUACCUUCACAAGCGUAAAAAAAGAAAAUUCAAAUUUAUUUAAUCCAGGAGCUUUUUAUAAGCAAUUUUUAAAACAGGUGGAUGAAAUUGGAUGGAAUAAGGUUGCAGAUUUAAAAGUAGAUUUAUCCACUGUCACACUGUGCAUUACUGAUUUACAGGAUCGAAAUCAUUAUGUUGAAGUCAAUACAUCAACCAUGGAAACCUUUGCUGAGAUUCCUCCAGAAUGUCAAGCCCUUGUUGAUGCAGAGUUAAGCAAAAUAUCUUCAUCAUCCAAUAUUUUACAAAAUGAUUUAAUGAUGGAUGACAACCCUCACCAUGUAUUAUCCUUGAGCAUUAUUUAUGACAAGUAUCGCGAGAUAAUUGAGAAACUUUCUGAUUUUUUCACGGUCAUUGAAGAUUUUGAUGAGCAUUUGAGAGUGUUAGAACCUGAAAAACCAACUCGUAGCCAUACUAUGAGACGUAUUGUUAUUGGAAAUCACUGCUCUCUUCAACUUCAAAUAGACCCAUUCAGGCCAAAAGAGCGACCUAAAGACAUCAAACUGUUGGGCUCUGACUCGAUCAUUUCUCCUCUUCGCUUAAAAAUUAAUCAGAAUCGAAACAAGUGGGAUUUAAGCAAGUUAUUACGGGAGAAUCUUGAAACGGUUAUGGAGACGUCAUUUCCAGCCAAGAAGAGCGCUGAUCCAAAUGUCAUGAAUACAGAAGAUGAAUAUUCUGAGAAUUGUGGUGUUUGUUAUUCGUACCGAAUGAACAUGAAGGUUCCAGAUAAGGUUUGUGACAAUGAGAAAUGUAGCAUGCCAUUUCAUACAGAAUGUUUGAUCGAGUGGCUUCGAUCUAUUCCAGGAACGCAUCAGUCGUUUGAUACCAUGUUUGGUUCAUGCCCUUAUUGCUCUUCGCCCAUUAGUGUGUCCAUCAUCAAGUAG